ACAACAGUGCACUGAACGUGGAAGUGGAGCGGCCGCUUGAGGCUGACGGUUGCACGUUUUGACUUUUCAACACCGUGUUGAUUGGCCGACAAUUAGGUCGAGAGUCAAAUUCUCUGCUAAAAUUGGCCCCGUCCCGUCUUCACGGGAUCGAACGAUCGCAUCCUUCACGCGUGGCGACCGCAUGAAACCUGCCCCAGAAGAAGUCGCUCGCAGCUCACAGCACAGGCGAUGCCGAAUCCUCCGAAGCGACGACGAAGCUUCGGAGAAAGCGCCCAUUUGAAACCUCCACGACGACAAGGACAGCAAACGCGAAUGGCGCGUGACGCGGUCGGCACGUCCGGCUUCGGCCCCACACCUUUGCAGCCUGGCCGAAGAAGCCGAUAGAAGACAAGUUGUACCCUCGAUCGACGCCUAAACCAUCUCUGCAGCAUCAACAGAGACUUGGAAGGUCUGGCGAUGGAGGAAGAGAAGCACGCAGCUGCGACGGAGUCGGAGGAGUACGAGGACUUGGUGCCGGUGAUGGCCGAGAGGCUGGAAGCGGAGCAGUUCGUGUCGGAGCUGUGCGGGGGCUUCCGGUUGCUGGCGGAGCCCGGGAGGGGGGUCAUAACGCCGGAGAGCCUGAGGAGGAACGCGGCGGCGCUGGGGAUGGCGGGGAUGACGGCGGAGGAUGCGGCGGCGAUGGUGAGGGAAGGGGACAUGGACGGGGACGGGGCGCUCGACGAGAAGGAGUUCUGCGUGCUGAUGGUGAGGCUGAGCCCGGAGAUGAUGGCGGACGCCGAGGCGUGGCUGGAGAAGGCGAUCGAGAGGGAGGUGUUGAGACCCACGGCGUGAUUGUUGGAAGAUGUUGGAGAUCAUAAAUCUGCGUUAAUAAACGUGGUUAGAUGCUGAUCAUCGAUCGGAUGCUGUAAAAGGCUGCAGCACCUCUUCGACAAUCAAUGUAGAUUUCUCCUAUUUGAUGGAAAACAUGCGACGCAAUAAAAUGGUCUAUAAUUUCGUAUCA